AUGACUCGCUUCGACAAAAUCAUCCAGAAUCUAGCCAAAAUACCAGACGAGUUGGCAUUCGAGAUCAUCAAUGACCUCAGUGUCUGGGAUGUCAUGAAGCUGCUGGUUGCAAAUGGCCCGCGAGUCAAUGCUUUGCUUUUGGCCCAUAAAGAAUGCAAAUUCCUGGGCAACGAUGCAGAAACACAAGCCAAAACUCGAGAGCAGAUCAAAAUUUACCUGGAUCUCGAAACAAACAUUCCAAUGCUUCAUUACCGCCCCGACCACAUGGGUUGGAUGUAUACAACGUCAAUUCGCUAUAUAAAUCAUUGGUGCCGAUGGAAAGACUGGCCCGACCUGACAUCCACUAUGCACGUCUAUAUCUAUGAGACACUUCACAAUUGGCCAAAGCUGGAUCUAAAUCGAUACGCGGUGAUACCAAUUCCAGCAAUUGAUGUCUUCUCAUCGCUUGAGCAGUUUACGGAGCGUGGGCAGGCUCUCCAGCUAGCAAAAACAAAUUUGGAGGAUCAAUGCACCUCUCAGCUUCAGCGAGCCGCGACUCUUUUGGAAGACAAUCCGGAUAUCUUGAAGAGAACUUUAGAUCCAGAGCAGAAGCGUCGUCCGAAUACUGAGCACAUAGUAUCUCGACUGAGGUAUGAUGCGACUCGAUUUUUUCGGGCACACAAAAGCCACCCAUUCGCCAACAUGGAGUUCUUCCGUUAUGAGUUCUUUCCUCUAAUCCCAUUCGAUGAGGCGCUGGUGAAGCUUCUCGACUGGAUUGAAGAGUUUGAGAUUGGGACUGGUGAUCAACUGUAUAAUUCUGAAUCCCGACAUUCUCCAUCUAUUUUGAAGGCCGCUCGGAUCGUGGUGGAUGGAAUGCCGGUUUUCUAUAACUCGUUUCCUGUGGGUCGUGCCGAUUCGGGUAGACGAGUCACCACCAACGAAAAAGGCGAAUUCCUUCGCACAGUGAAGACACCUUGGUCUCAAAAACCUACCAGCUGGCUUCAGGAGGUGGAUAUGCCAUCUUUCGCGCCACAUAAGCUGGGAAGAACCGCGAUGUACAGACGCAAUGCAGGAUUGGAGCCUUGUGAUAAAGAGGAGGAGCGAUGGUUGGUGUCUUUUAUUGAUCUUUAUCGAUACUUGGAGGCUUUAAAGAGCUCAAAAGUCAACUGA